GCUCGCUUCUGCAGCCGGGUGUGAUAUAUUCCCUCCAACUUAUCAUACACCUUCACGAACGCUUCUUCACCUGGCUUGUAAAAUCCACCCACCAAAUGGUGAAGGACCCCUCAUAUUAAAAACAGCACGCCCACGUAGUGGCUUGAUCCGAUCCACGCACAACAUACUUUAUGGUUUUACUCCACACACAACAAACAAUCAAGUACUUUCGAGUUGCACCGGCCGCUGUUUGGGCAUUCGAUUAUUGUUUGACCUUUGAACAUGAAGUCCGUCUGUUCAGUAGCACGGGUCGUUGGAGCAUUGCGCCCGUCAUGUUUAUCAUAACUAGAUAUGCUCCUAUAGUAUGGAUUAUCAGCGAAAUUUACGUCACUCUUGGGCCACAAUCAGUGGAAACGUGCUUAACAACAUAUCGGGCUGCUGGGGGUGCGAUGGCUCUUAUCAUGGUGGCUACCGAAGGUCUUCUUCUCAUGCGUACACUUGCCUUAUGGCACAACAAUGAGAAGAUUAAACGAUUUUUGUUGGCAAGCUAUUUCCUUCUUGCUAUCUCAAUGCUCACUUGCGAUGUCCUUGCGGUGUCUCCAAAUCUCCAAAGUGUAUGUGCACCAACAUCAAGUCGGAGCUCUGCAGAUGAGGCUACAAGAGUGGAACGCCUGAUAAUGGGCAUGUUUGUUAGUGCAGCACUCUUUGAACUCACGGUGGUUAUUGUUACGAUAUAUCAUUCAAUAACGUCACGCUCUACUGGCAUACGUAGUGUCAGUAAAUUGGUGUCGAACUUGUCGAAGGGAAGUUUGCUGUAUGCGCUAUCGCUCCUUGCAAUCUCUAUUGCAAACAUUGUUUCGUUUUCCUUACCGGUCUCAAGCGGGCAGAAUGGCAUCAUCGAUGUGUUUCAAGGUGUCCUGCAUGGCGUUAUGGCUUCACGUAUUCUUUUUGACCUACGCCAUGCAGACCGGAGUGAAGAAGAUAUUCAAGCCGCCUCAUAUAUACCCUCUUCUAACUUACAGUUUGCAUCGUGCACGAUCCCCAUGACCGCCUUACAUGACGAAAGCAAUAUAUGAUCAUGCCCCACGGAGUGCAGUGUUUUGCGGUCGAGAACAUUGCACGCACUGCUCGAGGGUGUCGCACUUUUGUUUACGUGUGACGAAGAACUGACUAGACCGUUGUAUUAGAGUAGCCCACCGGCUUUUGCUAUAGCCGCCAUCGUCUAGCGGUAUAUUAACCGCCAGCAUCCAGUCCGUAUACCCCUCGAGCACGCACUCUGCCUUCCCGCUUCUAUGACCCCCAUGACCCAUGAACCCAUUCCCACUCCCCACAGACGACUAGCUCGUCCCCUGCUA